UUUCAUCAGCUUUUGUGGAACUCCCAUGUCGUGGGAAGCUGGCGUUUUCCAACUGUGGUUCUAGAGUGCAUACCUGGUCCGCGGCAAAACCAGCAGCUUCCUCCAGCCUUCUGACUUGAUCCGCCAGGUGGCGCAUCUCUCCACGGGAAUACAGCUAGUCAUAAAUGGAGGAAUAGUUGCCUGGCAACUGAAAACUGGGCAUUCCAAACAAUUGGGACCCGGGAUCCUCUGCGAGCCAAGUCCUGCUGCGGCUGCGCUAGUCUCCAGGGACUAAGCCUGUGUCUUUGAGCUUUUAAGCAUGCCUCACCCUCAGGAGCCUUUCUCGCAACCUCCGUUAGGUGACGAAGACACACAGUUGGGAAAUCUGCGGCCUUCUAAGAAACUGCCGCAUAAGAACCCAACUCACCUUGCUCAGCAGCAGGAACCAUGGAAUCGGCUCAGCUCUACGCCUACAAUCACCUCCAUGCUGCGAGAUGCCUGCUUUUUUGAUCCUAAGAUACCAAAGGAUGAUCUGGAUUUCCGCUUAGCAGCCUUGUAUGACCACCACACCGCGGCAUUCAAGAACAAAUCCGAUAUUCUGUUACACCAGGAGACCCUUGAGGACAUCCACAGAGGCAAGAUCCAGUUUCCUGGAGAAUGUUUCCACUCUCCUCCAGCCCCCAUUACUUCUCGGGCUAACAUCAGACACUGGAUCAACCCUAAGAAGGAAUCCAUCCAUAGCAUUCAGGGAUCCAUAGUGUCUCCUCAUACUGCAGCCACUAAUGCAGGCUAUUCCCGAAAAAAUGAUGGUGGCUUUUUCUCCACCUAAGUGGUGACAGACUGGGCUAAUUUCAUCAUGGUGGACCAUCCAGCCACCCAUCUUCAUUAAACAGGUUUCUUCAAGAUAAAGCCUGAAGUGUCUGCUGCCUGUCCCACUUUUGACCACUCUUUCCCAGCCCCACCCCCACCCUGAGACAGGCUAC